CCUGCGUUCCCUAUGAACUUUCUUGCUUUCUCCCCUGUCCUUAUCCUCGUGCCGGGGUCAACCUGCCUACCAAUCAAUGACAUGAAAGAAUUGCUUCUUCUUCGGGCGGGCGGCGCGCCUCCCACGUCUCUUUCACACCUCUGGGAAUCUGCAUGACGGCGCCUGUGGUCAGGAACUAUAUCGGUUUAAUAUUAUCUGUCCGACCAGCAACUUGCUGGUUUGACUGACACAGUUUGUUUCUAACGAGACAUAAUCAACUUCAUUCCAGUGCUCGAUGCCCUGGAAUGUCAAGACAGUCUCGGUAAAAUUAAAAGACAUAUCAACUCAGACGGCUCACCCCUUCCCGCGCCGAAACCUCCUCACACCUUUUGUGUCGAGCACUUCCCGAAACAUUCAUCUUGACUGCAAAUUCUUCCAGUCUUCACCGUGGCCGUUUGACCACGACAACUCCCCUUUCUCCCUCAGCAUCCCUCAAACUCGCCUCAAUGUCGUCAACACGUUUGGAACAACUCUCUUACAAGUUGUUCGAGCCCGGAUUCCACAAUCAGCGGCCCAUCAUCGUGGAUGAGGAGCUCCAGUCCCCCGACACAGUGACGCUAGCAUAUGAGGAGGAGGCAGCGGCCAGGGCCAACGGGGGUGGUCUCUCCGUCUCCAUGUCCGCAUACAAGUCCCAACAACCACAAGUUCACGCAUUUGCAGAAUCACCUUACUCUCAGUUCUCGCCACAGUCCUUCGCCAGCCAGCCAACAGACCAUGCAACACCUCAGCAAAUCAACAACAUCGCCUUUGCUUCAAACAAUGCCGCACAUACAGGAGCAUAUGGACCCAGCUCUCCAUCUGAUAGCAAUGCUGGAGGAGAUGUGACGGUGCUUUCGAGACAUCCCGACAGUGGACCUGUCGGAACAAGAGUGACAUUGAGUGUUUCAAGCCCAACGGAUUUGACGGCGAGCACAUCGUACGUUUGCGUCUCGUUUGGAUCUCAGCGAUGUCCGGCUCAGGUGUGCAAGAAAGUGGAGAACAAUGGGGGUUGGGUUUUCACCAUCUCGGCAGUAGCGCCGCAGUUCCUGCUUACACAAUGCAAUUCACCUAGCGACGUGCCCUUGACGAUUUUUGUCGAUGCAAACGCGGAUAGCAUGACGCGCGUGGUGAGCGGAGGCAGCUUUACAUAUCUCCUCGAGGGCGGGUCGCAUGGGCAUAGUGGGCAGCUAGCGGGAAGCCUUGGAUCGACUGGUGACUUGGGUCAGCGGCACGAGGACACCACUCUCAAGGGCGAAGGCCAAGCCCACGUGGAUCCCCAGGGCAAUGCCACGCCACCACCGACAAGCCAAGGCCACCAUAUUCAACAACAUAAUCAGCAACAGCAGGCCUCGCACUUGACCGUCAGGACGUCAGGCAUUUCCAACCCAAGUGAGCAAAACCAACAUGACCAACAUCAACAGCAGCAGCAGACCCACGAUGAGCAACAGUUGCAGCAUGACGCUCUUACUUCCGACUCGAAUACAAAUACUUACGGAUACUCCGCCGCCGGCGUUGCAGCGCCCGAGGCGCAACCGGUUCCAUCUCAGGUACAACAUCUACAGAACGACUUAGCCGCCGCCACUGCCGGAUACAACCAGCAGGGAGGAAACGACAUGCUCAGCUCUUACAGGACACGGUCAUCCUACCUUGACCAUAGCUACCGGCCGUCAUCGAGCCUUCGCCAAAGCGCCGGGUCCACCUGGACCCCCGCCUACGGCAGCCAAGAUGGCACGGAGCGAUACGACUACGGCCGCGAUACGACAAAUGCCAUGGCCAGACCCGCGAUGAUGACGGCAUCGCCUCGGUUAUCGCAACAUGGACAACAUGCCCGAAUGUCGAGCGGCCUCGUCCGCACCAGCCACCUCUCGGCAAGCGCUCAGCAGUUGGGCAUGGGUUACUCGGGAUCUUGGGGUGUUCAGAAGGCGCAGCUACACAUUAGGGGAGGCACGGCAGCGUUGGACUCGAUGAUGACGGACCGCUGGACGAGUGAAGAGUGGACCAACCAGCGACGCAUAGUACUGUUUACCAAGCGCCACAACGGCCCCAACCUUCACAUUGAUUUCCGCCCUGUGUCGGUUUCGGAACGACCGAGCAACUCGAUUUGCAUCAGCUGCAUCUACUGGGCCAGGGGUCCCAAUGAAAGGGGAGAAUGUUACGUCACUUCAGUAGACACCAUCUACCUUUUGGAACGCCUUAUCGAGCCCCUAGCAACGAUGGGUAAGUUUGGCGUGGAGGAGAAGAACCGCAUCAGGCGCAACCUGGAAGGGUUUAAGCCCAUCACAGUGAGCAAGGGAAAGCCUGAGAGCGAGGAGUUCUUCAAGCUCAUUAUGGGCUUCCCUAAUCCCAAGCCAAGGAACAUUGAAAAGGACGUCAAGGUAUUCCCCUGGAAGGUACUCGGGCCAGCCCUCAAGAAGAUUGUGAGCAAGUACAGCUUCGACGCCACGGGAACCUCGUGCAGUCCAGCAAUACCCCCACCGCAGUCGGCGCCUGUCUCGCACCUCCUCACACCAGUCAGUCUCCCCGCUGUCUCGUACUCAGGGCUGCCAACAACCUCCAUCUCUGCCACCACAGCCACGGAUCCCAGCCUGGCGUCCGGAUACGUGAGCAUGGCCACGCAAAUCGACAACGGACUCCCCAGCCCCCGGUCCCUGCCGGGGAGCUCCUCUUGGUCCACAUCGACAGCAACAUACAUGCCGCCAAGCAGUAGGACCUUAUCGCCUCCAAUGAAGACGCACAGUCCCCAACAGUCAAGCUCCGGUCUGAGGAUCUCAACACUACCUGGCGUCUACGAUUCGCGAACAGGGCCUAUCAGUGCCCCGGCGUACGGCUUGUCUAGCCAUCAAUCCCACAGCCCCAGUCACCAUCAUCACAGCGCGACUAGCGCGGGAACCUCUGGGAGAUGGGAUCCAUACGACAGUGUACCGACUUCGGGAUCCUACUCAGUCCCCGUGGCCACCUCAGCUUACCCGAGUCUAACUCACCAUGCACACUCACAUGGAGCACACGGUGGAGUCUACGGGGCUCCUGCGUAUGCCGGUGAUGCUGGACAGCGUCAUUGAGAUAGCCGACUUGGAUCCCUGUGCUUGCCGGAGCAAAAAAAAAGGCAACGCAGCCAAGGUCGCAACUAUCUUCCCCGUGAUAACAAGACGUUUGCGGGUCAUUGCGGGUUGAGACCGCUGCAGAAGGGAAGUAGUGACAAGAAGGGUGGGUGGGGUAUGCUUGCAAACAAUACCACACACAAUGCCUCUCACCGGUUCUUGGAGGGGUGUGCUUGAAAGCGAGUGGCAGUCUUUUUUUUCGGUACGGGAGGCAGCGUGUCGGGUCGGGUUCAUGAAACGAGGAGCCUGGCCCCGCGUGAGCACUUCUUCUGUCUUUUUUUUUUAUGGAGCGGCAAUCUUGGGAGUUUGAUUUCCUAUGGCGUUUAGGAUGGGUGGUACAUGGCGGUCCCAGACUUUGCAUUUCUUCCGCCAUUUUGUUUUCUUUUUCUGUCUUUUUUUCUUUGUCCUUUUGAUUUUCAUCUUUGUUGGAUGCCACCACAUAGACUGCUGGUGUUCAUAUCUUUUCAUUUGGUUUGUUUCCUUUACUACUACCCCUGACUUUUUGUUUUCUUUUUUGUUUCUUCUCUCUUCACCUUAUCACUAGCUAUUCUUUUCCCUUUGUCUUCUUCAUCUAUCCUAUCCCCACCCAUAAAGGCUCGGCCCAGAAUCAUACUGUUGGUCAUAAUUACUCGUCAUAUACCCCUCCCCUGUUUUCGGCUUCUUUCCCCGGUUUUCUCGUUUGGAGACGUGGGUACAUCAUUCACAAGGCGGGCAUUCGGCAAGACGGCGAUCUCCCAUGCAUAGAUACAUCAUAAUCUCAAACCUUAGUUUACUUUGCUGCACUACCGUGACUCGUUGACUAUGUCUACUUUCCUGUUUCGUAUUGGCUUAUCAUUUCUUUGUCCU